AACAUAGAACUUUAAUGAUCAAUCUACGAUAGAGAAAUUUUUUUUUAAUUAACUUGAAUCUCCAUAUUUAAAUAAAAAAAUGGAGAUUAUGUUGCGAAGCUGCCUCCUCCCUUCAUCCGAUAGCUUAAUUAAGAACUUUAAUUUAAAAAUCAGAUGGAAAAGUCUCAUUGUAAGAGAAAAAAAACAUUUUUUAUUUUAUUCUACAAACUUAAAUCCAUAUUUUUAAAAAAGUUUAUUAUGCAUAAUAAAACUUAUUAUAGUUCUAUGUAAUUCUUUUAAUAUUUUUUUUUGAGAUGUAAAUUUAAGAAUUUGUUUGGAAAAGUUCUUUACAACGAUUUAUGAGACGACGAUUAUCGUAGUAAAUAUCUGCGCGGUUUCUUCGUCUUGGACGUGUUACCGGUACUACCUCUGGAGUUCCUCAUCGUGCUCUUCGAAUCGCUGUGGUAUCUGGCGACGUUGAACCUGCUGAAGAUAUUGUGGAUACGAACGAUCGUCGUUUACGCACGCAGACUUUAUUACGUCAGGAUUUCGUAUUUGAUUAUUGUUCCUUUUUCUCACCGCGUGACGAAAUCGAGAUCUUACACGCUCAAACAUGAAAAUUACAGGUAUACCGAGUUAAUUUCCAUCUGUACAAGAUAGCAGGGAUCAGCAUGAUCAUCGUCCUAUGCGUGCAUUGGGCCGCUUGUCUAGAGUAUUAUUUGCCGCUCACGGUCGCCAAGAUAGUCGGGCCGAAUGACGCCUCAUGGAUUCGAUCGCCCUACAUGGAGAAUAGGAGAACAAAAUUUGCAAUCUACUUAUCAUGUUUGAACAGAGCUAUUAUCGCCCUGGUCGGAUCUACGCAUUAUUUAAAUGUCAGCAGUCCGGAGGAUAUUAUAUAUAAUUUAAUUCUCUCUGUUCUCGGAGUAAUCGGAUUUAUUUAUUUGCUGGGUAUGCUCAUUAUGCUUAACUUAAUUUAAAAAGU